AUGCUACUUUUCGUUGCUACAGGUAUCUCCAACCAGGACCUAUAUGAGCUCGUCCAGGAUGCCCACAAUGGAGCAAUCCUGUUCUCUACGCUGAAACAAGCAGUGACACCCCUGAUCCGUCAGCUAGAAGAGAAUUACAGCACUAUUAUAGAGAGUUCCCAGACUCACAAGAACAGGUGGCAAGGUACCACUGGUGUCAUCACGGGAGUGGCAAUCUAUUGCUUUUGGAACCCUGUAGGCUGGGCCGCAUUCGGCGCCUGCCUGAUCAGUGCAUCUGUUGGAUACGCAGCGGGUGAGGUACAUUCCAAGUGGGACGCAAAAGGCAAGGAAGCCUCCGGCAAGAAGGAUAAAGUUAAAGAACUCAAGUUAGCCAUCAAGGGGGUGGAUGAAUGCGCCAACCAAGCCCGAGAAGCCAUUGCGAUGGUGUUCUGUGGCCAGGUUAUGCAGAAGAGGCUCGAUGAAAACUUGCCUGAGCACGACAGGAGAGCUAUUCUCGCAACAGUCGGAGUUGACGUAGAUGCCGUGUCCGAUUCUGUUUACCGCCAAGAGCUCAUCCGCGACCGGGUAAGACAGCUUCGUGAGAAAAACAGGAACUUGUGCAACAUAAUGGAAAGGGUACUGGAAGAUGCCAAUGUCGAACCAGAAACGACGGAGCAAGCUAUGUAG